CAAUACAAAGUUGAUUUGAUGAGGUCCCUUUUUCUUUAGAUUUUCUUCUCCUCCAUUGCUAAAUCUUAGAGAACUCUGAAGGAAAAAGAUCCGAUCUUUGUGAUUUGAGGUACCAAUUUUUUCUGCAAGGAUGCUUAUUUUCUUGGAUUUUUGAACUGGCCCAGUGAUUUUGUUUGGUGGGUUUGUUUCUCCCUCCAUGGCCUUCUUUACUUUGUUUUAUUAGCACAUAUGGGUCCGAUCCAUCUUUGUAGGGUUGCCAUGGAAAAGAGCGUGGGUCAUUUGCCCAAGAUCUGUGUGCUCUCAAUUUCCCCCCUUCUUAUUUCCUCCAUUUCCUUUCCCUUCUAUUUAUCUGUAGUUCUUCUCUUCUCUUGCUUUGUCUACUGAAUCUGAUAGUUCAAGUCUCUGAGUUUCUGAUAGAGAUCUUCUGUGAUGAUGGGUUUUCCUCUCAAUCGAAGAGGGGUUUUCGAGUGACGUGUUUGGCUAGCUCUUCAAGAUUCAAUCUUUCUUCUUACACAUGGCGUCGAAACCUGGUACCGAUAGGCAUACAUCUUCAACAAGAAUUCCAGAGAGUGGCAAUUUAGAGAGUUUAAGGUCAAAAGAGUUUCUUGCCAACGACUUCGAGUCGAGCUUGAAUUUGGCUAAUUCCCAGAAAGCACCCGAAGCAAGAUUUGAUCCGGAAAAGAAGGCCUCAGGAGGAGGUGGCACACUCAAAGACAGCUCAGCCUCUGCAGAAGUUGGCAAUGCCGACAACACUUUUGCAAAAUCAAGUGGGAUUGCCAAAACCAGCGAGAGUGGAAAGAGCAGCAUGUACAGAGGCAGCACCAGCAGCGACUUAAGUGACGAAAGCACCUGCAGCAGUUUGAGCAGCGGCGCUAAUAAACCCCAUAAAGGAAAUGACUCAAGAUGGGAAGCCAUACAGGCGGUCCGAGCCAGAGAUGGGGCUUUGGAUUUGAGACACUUCAGGUUGCUGAAGAAGUUGGGGAGCGGCGACAUUGGAAGUGUGUAUCUCUCUGAGUUGUGUGGCACAAACUGUUAUUUCGCCAUGAAAGUUAUGGACAAGGCUUCACUGGCAGGGAGAAAGAAAUUGAUGCGUUCCCAAACAGAGAAAGAGAUACUGCAGUCCCUAGACCACCCUUUCCUUCCUAGUUUGUACACCCAUUUCGAGACGGAGAAGUUUUCUUGCCUUGUGAUGGAGUUUUGCCCGGGAGGUGACUUGCACACGCUUAGGCAGAAGCAACCGGGGAAGCAUUUUCCGGAACAAGCUGUCAAGUUCUACGUCGCGGAGGUUCUCUUGGCUCUCGAGUACCUUCACAUGCUCGGCAUUGUGUACCGCGACCUUAAACCAGAAAAUGUUUUGGUCCGUGAAGAUGGACACAUCAUGCUGACCGACUUUGACCUCUCCCUCCGGUGCUCGGUCAGCCCGACCCUGAUCAAGUCGUCGUCCGCGUCGCUCGAGUCGGAGACGAAGGGCGGUUACUGCGUCCAGCCCUCAUGCAUCCAGCCGACCUGCGCGGUCCCCACUUCGUGCUUCGGGCCCCGCCUCUUCUCGUCAAAGAAGAAGAAGGAGAAGAAGGCGAAGAACGAGAUCGGGAACCAGGUGAGCCCGUUGCCGGAGCUCAUGGCCGAGCCGACCGGGGCCCGCUCGAUGUCGUUCGUCGGGACCCACGAGUACCUGGCGCCCGAGAUCAUCAAGGGCGAAGGGCACGGGAGUGCGGUGGAUUGGUGGACGUUCGGGAUCUUCAUCUUCGAGUUGCUCUUUGGGAAAACCCCGUUCAAAGGGUCGGGCAACCGGGCCACCCUCUUCAACGUCGUCGGGCAGCCGUUGAGGUUCCCGGAAUCUCCGAUGGUCAGCUUCUCUGCCCGAGACCUGAUCAGAGGGCUGUUAGUGAAGGAGCCGCAGAACCGGUUGGCCUACAAGAGGGGAGCGACGGAAAUCAAGCAGCACCCGUUCUUCGAAGGUGUGAACUGGGCAUUGAUCCGGUGUGCGAGCCCGCCCGAGGUCCCGAGACCGGUAGAGUUCGAGAGAAUGCGGGCCCCGGUGGCGGCCAGUGACCCGAAAAGCGUCGCCGGAGAUGUUCAGUGCCAACCGAACUCUGAUAAUUACCUCGAGUUUGAUUUUUUCUGAAGUAGGCGGCCAUGUGUUAUUCUGGUUUGAUGUUUUUUUUCUUCUUCUUCUUCUGAAAUUGUUGUUGAAAAGGAUACGAUGAUGUUCUUGAACGUUAAUUAAUGGUGACAAGAGAUUCACAAAUCAGAGUAUAUUGUUUUUGUGUUAAUGAUGACAAGAGAUUCAAAGAUCAGAGUAAUGUUUUUGUGUUGAUGAGAACAAAAUAAAAAAAAAAUUAUAUUGAUGAGAAUUUUUUUUUUAAAUGUGUUGUGACUUGUGAGAACAUUUUCUUAAGAAAAUUAUGUUGAUGAG